AGCGCCUCAGCGAUUCCCAAACUAGUAAGUCCUCUCUCUCUCUCUCUCUCCCUUUUCACGCAUGUGCAUUUAUCUCUUUUUCUAGGAUUAUGCAAAUGCAAAAUUUCAAGGAAAAAAUCUCCAACUAUUUUGCUUCUAGGGUUCUUGCGGAAGGGGUCGGGUCACCCGGUUCUUACCCUCGAUAUGCUUUUCUAAUUUCUUUUCUGGAUCCAAACGAUUGCAAUUGUAUGUUUUCUUUCUACGUAGAUUAGGUUUCGAUUUUUUGCUUUUCCGUCAAUUUGUCAAAUUAUUUGAAGAAUGUGAAAUUCUUUUCAGUGGGAUUUGAGUUUGGUGUUACAUAAUCGAUUAAGUUUGGGUUUUCUUGAGAUUUCACCUUUUGCUUGUGGCAUCUUUUUUUUUUUUGAUCGAAUUUAAGCUAUUUUGAGAGGGAAUGAGAUUGUGCAUUGAAGUUGUGUAAAGGUGGAAAGAUUCGGAAAGAAUGCAUUUUGAACAACAUAUUGUUAUACGUGGUAGGGAUUCAGGUGUUGCAUACAGUUGAAAUUUCAGAUUCCUAAUGUCUACAGAACACGUUGAAUGAGGAGGAUUUGAUAUGUGUGCUCCUUCAGCUUUAAAUUUAUGGCACCAACCAUCCCGAUAGACUACACGGGGCAAAAGGAGUCGAAAAAGUUUUCGAAGAAGGCGGGAUCAGGGGAUAUGAUGGGGAAGACUCGAAAAGUUUCUAAGGGUUACUCCAGUGGUUUUGUGCCGGAUUAUAGACAUGCGGUUGAGACAGUUGCUGAAUCAGAAGGUUUUGGGAACUCAGGCCGCGGUGAUGCAGGGUUCAAUUCUCUGCAGGAAAAUUGUGCACCGAAUGGGAAAUGCAUUAGUUUGAAUGUGGAUGGUUAUGGUAGGUCGGUUGUGCCAAUUCGAUCACUGUCACUUUCGAAGAUGUCCUCUUCAGAGAGAAGGGAUUUAGAAGUUAAGUUGAAGAGUGAGCUUGAACAAGUGCGUAAGCUUCACAGGAAGAUAGCUUCUUUUAGCAUGGACAGAGUGGUGCAUCCACACGCUACUGAUAUCCAUAACCAUCAAACUGGAGCAAAGAGACUUGCUACAGCAGAAAGCUUGCUUGUGUCCACUAAUGAUGAGGCCGUGACACCAGGAAAGAAAAAAGGGCCUUCUGGAAGAAAUGGACCUCGCACUAAAGGUGGACCAGUGGCAGCUAGGAAAACGGAGUCAGUGAAGCAGGGUCUUCCACAAAAUACUAAUUUUGUUAUAUUGAUGAAACAAUGUGAGACGCUGUUAAAUCGUUUGAUGCUGCAACCUCAUGCCUGGAUUUUCAACAAGCCAGUUGAUGUUGUAGCUCAUAAAGUCCCAGAUUAUUAUGAUAUUAUCAAGCAUCCAAUGGAUUUAGGGACAGUAAAAAGUAAAUUACUGUCAAAUCAGUAUUCCACUCCCAUUGAGUUUGCUGCAGACGUGAGACUCACCUUCAAAAAUGCAAUGACAUUUAACCCACCCAAACAUGAUGUUCAUAUAAUGGCUGAGAUGAUGAAUAAAUACUUUGAAGUGAGAUGGAAAUCAAUUGAGAAGAAACUUCCACCUACAGCUGAUGAUUCCACAGCUUCCAAGUCGAGUGUCAUUAUAGAACCUGAAACUGCUUAUGUGCCUCCUGCUAAGAAGCAGAAAACUGCUUCUAAGGAAGCAAGGGUCAAGCAAGAAAGAGAGAAGCCUGCGAUGAGUGAUGUUGAGAAACAAAAGCUUGGGGCCGAGUUGGAGGAAUUGAUUUCAGAGCUGCCAGACAACAUAAUCAAUUUUUUGAAAGAGAGCACUUUGAAUAGUAGUGAAGUAACCGAGGAUGAGAUUGAAAUUGACAUUGAUUCACUUAGUGACGAGACACUGUUUACUUUACGGAAACUUUUGGAUGAUUAUCUAUUGGAGAGGAAGAAAAAACAAUCAACGUCAGAGAACUGCGAUACUGAGAUAAAGAAGGAAUCCGGGUUUAGAGAUUCAUCUUACCUGCCUUGCGAAGACCAUGAGCGAGCUGAUGAGGAUGUGGAUAUUGGUGGAAAUGAUCCGCCUCCAAUUUCCAGUUCACCUCCAAUUCGGAUUGAUAAGGAUGCUGCUGAAAGGAAUAGUAACUGCAGUGGUUCAAGAAGCUCCAGUAGUGAAUCAGGCGCCUCAUCUACUGAUUCAGAAAAUUCUUCAGCCUGCGAAGCUGAUGGUGCCAAUAUCUCAGUCCCUACAGGAGUGAAUGAAACUGCAAAUAAUCAAGAAGAGGCCAGGGAAAAAGACUUGCAUGAUCGAAAUGAUGGAGAUAUUUUGGAUGCGAAUGCUGAGCAAUAUCCAGUGUCAUCGGAUGAGCCUAAUUGUCGUCAAGAGGGGGAGAGUGCUCCACCAGAUAGGCAAGUCUCCCCUGAAAAGCUAUACCGUGCAGCUUUAUUGAGGAGUCGAUUUGCUGAUAUUAUAAUUAAAGCGCAAGAGAAUACAACAGAAAAAGGAACAGAUUCUGAAAGACUGAAGCUGGAGAAGGAGGAGCUUGAAAGACGAAGAAGAGAAGAGAAAGCACGACUCCAAGCAGAGGCUAAAGCUGCCGAAGAGGCUAGAAGAAAGGCCGAAGCAGAAGCUGCAGCAGAAGCCAGAAGGGAAAGAGAACUCGUGAGAGAAGCUGCACGUCUAGCUCUGCAGAAGAUGGAGAAGACUGUCGAUAUUAAUGAAAAUAGCCAGUUCAUGGAAGACCUUGAGAUGUUUAGAGCCGCUCCAGACGAGCACUUACAGAGCUUUAUAGACGAAGCAAGCCCGGAUGAUUCUCAAAAUGGUCUCGGAAGUUUCAAAUUCCCAGCAAAUAGUAAUCCACUAGAGAAACUCGGGUUGUACAUGAAGAACGAUGAUGAGGAGGAAGAAGAAGUUCAACCUCAAAGCAUCGAGCACGAACCAAAUGACACCGAGGAAGGAGAGAUUGAUUGAUGGAUGACAUCCAUUAUUUAUCCUGAUAUGUUGAUGCGAGGACUUUAGAAAGGUACAAAACAUCUUUGUUCAUGGAUAACCUUUAGGCUCCCUGUGAUGAAAGAAUGGGAAUCUGGAUUGGGUUGCAUGGUAAGAUUUCAACAAGAUUUAAUGCCCAUACAUUUUCUGUUUGUUUCUGGUGUCGAAUGCAAGGCAUUUUUUUUCUUUUUCUUUUUCUUUUUAUUUUCAUUUUCCUCUAAAAUGGUAAUCAGAUGGGUGGAUGUUUUUGCCCGACCCAUAGAGCUUUAGGGACUAGUUAUGUGAUAUGUCAUGCAUCCGAUUUGAGCAAAGAAUGUAUGUAAAUACCAUUUUUCAAUUUUCUUUAUUUUUUUGCUUUA